AUGGCAGCUUCUGAGAAGACUUUCAAAAACAUCUUCGUGUUUGCUUCGAUUCCAUGCCUUGUGCUGGCUAUGUACGCGGCCUACGUUGACCACAGUGCCCGUAAGAAACGAGGGCGACCGAAAUAUAUCAACUACGCAUAUCUUAAUGUCAGGAAGAAGCCGUUCCCAUGGGGUGACGGGAAUCAUUCAUUGUUCCACAAUCCUCACACGCAGUAUGUACCUGGUGUUGGAUUUGAGGACGAACACAAGAAGUGA